AUGGACUCCAGUUCGACGGCAAGCGAACACAGCAAUGUGUCUUCCCGCGAUUCUCCGAUACCCAGAAAGCAACCUUCUCCCAACUUGAGCAACAAUAACAAUAGCAAUGCUAAUAACAACAAUAACAGUAAUAACAACAACAAUAAUUUAAACACUAAUAAUACUAGUACAAACAAUGGUAGUAUUAAUAGCAGUUCACCGACAAUGCCUACAAAUUUAAGUAACAAUGUUAACAUGAAUUUGCCACCGCGAAGUCCUAGUCCUAGUCCAGUGCCAUUGAACGUCAGUCGUACCCCGAGCAGCCCUGUCGGAGGCGGCGGACCUCCGCAUUUGCCACCGCCACCCAACAUGCACAGUCCAAUGUCGCCUCCGCCGGUUUCGACCCCCAACAGCCUGACCGGCUUACCUCAUCACCGACUAUCCAUGACACACAUACCCGGUCUACCUCCCCACAGCUUGGGUCUCUUGAACUCGCUGCAGAGCCUUCAACAUCACGCGUCGCCUCUCGAUCUCAUGGCCGUCGCUCAUCAUCACGGUCCGCCGAGAAGUUACAAUUCGCCACCCCCAAUAUCUUGCUCCGAUCCUACCGCAAACGAAUGCAAACUCGUAGAAUAUCGGGGGCAAAAGGUGGCCGCUUUUAUUAUAUCCGGAGACACCAUGCUGUGCCUUCCGCAAGCGUUCGAACUCUUUUUAAAACAUCUCGUCGGUGGUCUGCACACCGUUUACACGAAACUCAAGAGACUGGACAUCGUGCCGCUCGUGUGCAACGUCGAGCAAGUGCGAAUACUCCGCGGCCUGGGAGCCAUACAGCCUGGAGUCAACAGAUGCAAGUUGUUGUCUUGUAAGGAUUUCGACAUUCUGUACCGGGACUGCACGACUGCCAGCUCUAGGCCCGGAAGGCCUCCAAAACGUGCACCCGUGGGUCUUUCCUUGGCUGCAUCUCAACUUGCGGGUCAUCCGGCAUUAAAAAAGAGAAUGGAAAAUGGCGAUUAUGCCGGUUACGAAAAUGGAAGCAUCAGCGAUCCUCCGAGGCUGGAAAAAUCUCCACUUUUGGCAAACGGAUACAAUCAUCCGCCUACGCAUUUAAAUCACAUGCAAUUCAUGCAAUUGAGUCAUCCAGCAGCGGCUCAUACGGCCAUAUUGUCUCCUGCUGGAAUGCAACAUCCUGGAUUACAGAGACCUGAUGGAAACAUAUUAAAAAAUCAAAUGCCCGGAAUGGAAGCCAUCGCAAGAUCUGGAAUUUGGGAAAAUUGCAGAGCCGCAUACGAAGAUAUUGUUAAACAUUUGGAAAGGUUACGGGAAGAAAGGGGAGAUACGGAAAGAGCUUUAGCUUUGGACCAAAAAGUUCGAGAGUUAAAUUCACAAAACGGUUCACCCAACAAUCCCAGUCCAGUAUUAAAUUUAUCUAAAAGUGGAGGAGGUUCACACGGAGAAGCCUCGGGUAGCGAGGCCGGACAAUCUGGUCCAGAGGAUGAAGAAGAAGAUGAUAAUUUGACUGAAGUCGACGAAGAUGAUGAUAAAGAUCCAGAACUUUCAGAUGUCGAACGACCCGAGUUACCAGCUUCUGGUUCGCCAAGAAGCGAAUGUCAAGCUUUAAAUUAUUCUACAUUAAGUUCAGGUACAGGUACGGUCAAUCCUUCUGUGGGUGAUUCAAAUUUAAAUUCAACAGAAACACUUUUGAGAAACAUCCAGGGACUUUUAAAAGUUGCUGCCGAUAAUGCGAGACAACAGGAACGUCAGAUUAAUUACGAAAAGGCUGAAUUAAAAAUGGAUAUCCUUCGGGAAAGAGAAAUGAAAGACAGCCUGGAACGUCAAUUGAUGGACGAACAGAAAACUAGAGUACUUUACCAGAAAAGGCUAAAAAAAGAAAAAAAGGCAAGACGACGACUCCAGGAACAACUGGAAUUAGAAAUAAAACGUCGAUCUCAGUUAGAAGAAGCAAUUAAAAAUACAAAUAAUCCCGCUGAAGCUUUAAGACUUAUUAAUGAAAGUGCAGCAAAUGCAGCUGCAGCAGCAGCAGCAGAAAACGAAGAAAAACCAAGAGAAAGACUAUCGUCAUCCGUUCAGGGAAAAGACAGAUCUGAGAGUCCUUUUUCUCGAUCUCAGCAGACAAUCUCAGAAAGAGAAAAAGAAAGAGAACUAACAAAUGAAAAACAAUGGAAUUAUUCCGGAUUAGAUAUUAUGAACUCUGGAAAUUUUUGGCAAAAUUAUUCAGAGUAUGAGAAGGAAAAAGAAGAAACCAUGAUGAAUGCCAUCAACCUUUGGUGGAAAGCUUAG